UGGAGCGCACGCGACAAUGUUCAAUAGUUCUCUCUGCAGUGGCUUCUUCCAGGGAGGACUAGCGAUGUUCCAUCUUUAGUCUUCCGCAUUGACUCAGGCCCCCCUGCCAUGCCGGGUCAAAGGGUGUUGUGCGUGGCUGAAAAGCCGGCCAUCGCCAGGGCUGUGGCCCAGCACUUGUCCGGUGGUUCCUUUCAAACGAUACCCAUCCGGGGUAACCAGUACGUGAAGAACUAUGUAUUCGACUUCAAUUUUGGUGGCCCUUGGGGCACUUGCUCCGUGACCAUGACCAGCGUCAUUGGGCAUUUAACAGGCCUGGAUUUCGAGCGCCAAUACAAAACUUGGCUAUCCUGCCCACCAGCAGCGCUUUUCGAAGCUCCAGUGCAUGAAUCUGUGGCCGAGGAUAAAGUAGCCAUUGCAAAAAAUAUCCAGGAACAGGCCAGGAGAUGCAAGGCCCUCUUCAUUUGGACUGACUGUGAUCGAGAAGGUGAGCAUAUUGGAACUGAAAUCCGUAAACAAGCCAAGGAAGGGAACGCCCGCAUUCUCGUCAAGCGGGCAAGGUUCAGCAACACGGAAAAAGCUCAUGUUCUUCAUGCCGCUCGGACACUCAUCGAGCUGGAUGACCUCCAGGCAAACGCAGUAGCAGCUAGAAUAGAAUUGGAUCUUCGGAUCGGUGCGGCGUUCACUCGCCUGCAAACUCUUCAGCUGAAACCUCUUUCUGCAGCUCUACAAGAUACUAUCAUAAGCUAUGGCUCCUGUCAAUUUCCAACACUCGGCUUCGUAGUUGAUCGCUACCUUCGUGUGCAGAAUUUCAAACCGGAGACUUUCUGGGGCAUCAAAGUCAUGCAUUCACGGGAUGACAUCAAGGUCAACUUUCUGUGGAAACGAGUCCAUCUCUUCGACAGAGCUGCAGUGACGGUGAUGCUGGAGCGGUGCCUACUGGCAAAGAAAGCCAAGGUCACCAAGGUCAGUCAGAAGCCUACCAGCAAAUGGAGGCCUCUGCCGUUAACGACGGUGGAUCUGCAAAUGAUGGGAAGUAGAUACCUCCGCAUGGACAGUCAAACAAUCAUGAAGGUCGCAGAAGGCCUCUACACGAAGGGGUUUAUAAGUUACCCCCGUACCGAGACAGACCAGUUCGAUAAAGGAAUUGACUUGAAGAAGCUAGUCGAAAAGCAGAUCCCGGAUGGUAACUGGGGUCAAUAUGCUCGGCAUCUUCUGGAUGGCGGAUUCAAGACCCCUCGAGCAGGUCGACACAACGAUCAAGCCCACCCGCCCAUUCACCCCAUCUGUUGGGUUGCACCCACCGCUCUCAGCGUUGACGAGAAGAAAGUCUACGAAUUUGUCGUCCGACGCUUCCUGGCCUGCUGCUCCGAAGAUGCCAAAGGUCAAUCAACUGAAAUCGAGAUUCAGUACGGCGACGAAUUUUUCCACGCCAAAGGCCUCCUCGUCCUUGAACGGAACUACCUCGAUGUCUACGUCUACGAUAAAUGGGAAAGCAGCCAGCAGCUCCCCAACUUCCAAAUGGGCGAGCUGUUCGAACCAACUGAAGCCAAGAUCUUCGAUGGCAAGACAACGCCCCCUAACUACCUGACCGAGCCGGAGUUGAUUGGUCUGAUGGAUGCUAAUGGAAUCGGCACGGAUGCUACCAUGGCGGAGCACAUUGCGAAGAUCAAGGAGCGACAAUACGUUGCCGUUCACUCGCGCGGCAGCGGCCGGAACGCAGUCAAAGAGCUGAUUCCCACCCGAUUGGGCAUUGCUUUGGUGGAAGGAUACGAUGAUGUCUUUGCCGGCAUGCCCGAUAGCCCUUCCCUGAGCAAGCCUUUCCUCCGUAAGGAGAUGGAGCUCCGCAUGCGGGAGAUCUGCGCUGGCAUGCGGACACGGCAGCAAGUUGUGCAGGAGAGUCUGGAUAUGUACCGGGAGGUGUUUGUGCAUACCCAGCGGCGGAUCAACAAGCUGAAGGAUGCCUGUCGAAAGUACCUGGUCGAUCAGGCGGCUUCAUAACUGGCUUUGAUUGGAGUUGCAUUUGUAGUAACUGGACAUGAUACCCUGGACGCAAUAGAAGU